AUGGACCUAUCUGUCUUGCCAAAUAACAACCAUCCUGACAAAUUUCUGCAGCUAGAUGUAAAAGCAUUAGCUGUAACUCCUAAUCUGGGUCAAAUUGGGUUGCCAGGACUCUCUGGAGCAGCUCUGAGUGGUCAACACUGGCACAACCAAGUCUAUUCACAGACUAAGAACCAGAAAGUAUUAGAAAAGUUGAGCUUGCGAAUGAAUGAUGGCCGGCCUGCUGUCAUUGAUCAAGUCCUCAGUAAGCACAUCACUCCUGUAACACUGAAAACCACCAUCAAGAGGAAUCCCCUGUUUGAAGACAUACGGGAGGUCGAUAACCGACAACAGAGCAAAGCUCACCCAUCCUGGACCAUCCAGGAGUAUGACAGACACUCAGUGCAUUUAAACCUGACAGAUUACUUAACCAAGGAUCCAAACGACCUGAAAUUUUGGAUGGAUGACAUUUACACCCCAGGGUAUGAUUCCUUGUUAAAAAAGAAAGAGCUUGAAAUGAAAAGAGCCAAAUGCUGUAAAAUAAUAACACUGCUGGCAUUGGUAGCAUGUGCUUUAAUCACUGUAAUUACCGUUUCAUUAGUUAUUGUUGGACGUACUGAUUAA